CCUCAAAAAUCAGAUCCGCUUUUAACAACUCUUGCAAACUUUUGUGACCAAUAGUGAAUUUUUCCGUUAACAUAAAUAAAUUUGGUUGAUAUAAAUAAAAAAUUUAUGUACUGACCUGUGGAAAAAAUAUGAAAAUUAACUAAUCAAGUGUUUGUAAUUUUUGUUUUACUUGUCAAGAAUAUUUUUACCAAGUAAAGGGACAAUGUUGGGACAUUCUAUUAGAAUCUCAUCCGGUAAAGCUCUGAGUUUUAAACUCUUACGACCAUUUUUGCGUGUGAGAAAUUUUUCAACGCAAACUGAACCUCUUCCCAGUCAAAGUGAAUCUGAGUUUCUCAAUCCGAAUGAUCCACCACUAAUAGACCCACUAAAGCACCCGGACUUCUUCGGAGUCCAUCAGCUGUUUACCGUAAAAGAUUUAUUUGACGCGCGAGUCCACUACGGUCAUAAAAUCGGGUCUCUAGAUGACCGUAUGAAACCUUUCAUCUUCGGAUCACGCCUCGGUCAUCUAAUAUUCGACCUGGACCAGACAGCAGUGCUGUUACGAGAAGCCCUAAACUUCACAGCACACACUGCAUUUCGCAAAGGAGUUAUUCUAUUUGUCUGUCGUAACCCGCAAGUGACGCACUUGGUGGAAAAAACUGCCCUCGAGUGCAAGGAAUUCGCUCACACUCGCUUCUGGCUAGACGGAAUCUUCACAGACUCCACCAAGAAGUUCAAAGCAGUGACGCGGCUCCCAGAUCUGGUCAUCCUGAUCAACACCCUUAAUGACGUUCUUCGUCAGAACAACGCAGUUCGGGACAGCGCCAAGAUGUGCAUCCCCACCGUGGGAAUCGUCGACACCAAUUGCAAUCCUAAUUUAGUGACUUAUCCAGUCCCGGGUAACGAUGACACUCCAGUCGCUGUUGAACUUUACUGUAAAUUAUUCAAAGAAGCUAUCAUGCGCGGCAAAAGCGCACGCGCUAAAUUAUUUCAUCUUCUUGAUGAAUAAUGUGGCUUCUUUUUUUUUUAUUUUAUUUUUUAUUAAUGUAUAUAAGCUAUAAGUAUAUAAAAAUAAUAACGAGUAAUAGUUGUAUAGACAA